AUGGAGAGAGGUCUAGGUUCUGAUUCAAAUGCCACUCCAGGGUCAAUCGAUAAAUCUGUAAUCUUGGAAGUGAAGCCUCUAAAAACCCUAGUCCCCAUUUUCCCUAAUUCACCUGGCCUGUCUCCAAACACUGCUGCUCAGCUCACAGGCCCAUUUCCCGCCGGUGUCCAGCCGUUUUACCCUUUCCUUUCCCCAAACGGCCCACAACAUGCUAAUUCGGGCCCCCAGCCCAAUCUUCCGCAGCCCAAUUUCGUAUUCUCCCCUGGCAGCAUACCCGCCCCAGUUCCUCUCAACUCGUUUAGGACUCCCAUCACUCAGGCAAAUGGGUCGGGCCAGCCCAAACGGUCCUCCCGCACCCGCACAUCGGGCCCUGCCCUCUCGGAGGACGAUGAGUAUAACGACUCCCAAAACCCGAGCGACCAGUAUACGAGCAGCAACACUGGCAAACGGCGGGCUCCUGGUCGGCGCAAAAUGAUACGGGUCGGAAACGGGGAGGAGUUUGACAUUGAGUCCCUGGUCAACCAUUUCUUGACCUUAUUCAAGCUGAAUGAAUUUAACGAUUUUCGAAGGUCAGCCGGGGAUAGCGACACAGUGGCCUCCAUACUUUCGGCCUACGAUUUUAUCCGUAAAAAGCUGACUCAGCUCGAGGAGUCUAAGUCCCGUGGCCCGGGUAUCGCCAGGCGGCCCGAUCUGAAAGCCGCGAAUUUCAUGAUGAGCAAAGGGGUCCGCACUAACAAUACCAAACGGAUCGGCCACUUGCACGAGUUCGAAAUCGGUGACAUGUUCUUUUUCCGAAUGGAGCUUUGCAUCGUGGGCUUACAUGCUCCGAGCAUGGCCGGAAUAGAUUACAUGAGCGUCCGAGUCACUGCUGACGAGGAGCCUCUGGCUGUCAGCAUAGUCUCGUCCGGCGGUUACGAUGAUGACAUGGACGAUUGUGACGUCUUGAUUUACAGCGGUCAAGGUGGGGUCCAGCGGAGGGACGGUCAAAUGUUCGACCAGAAGCUCGAGAGGGGAAACCUCGCUUUGGAGAAGAGUUUGCACCGCGCGAACGAUGUUCGGGUCGUGAGGGGCAUAAAGGACAUUUGGACGACCGGGAAGAUUUACGUGUACGAUGGCGUUUAUAGAAUACAAGAAUCGUGGGCUGAGAAAAAUAAGUUGGGCUGUAAUGUGUUCAAGUACAAGCUGGUUCGGGUGCCCGGGCAGCCUGAAGGUUUCUCUUUGUGGAAAUCGAUUCAGCAGUGGAAGGAUGGGAUUAUCUCUCGACCAGGAAUUAUUUUGCCCGAUUUGACCUCGGGAGCCGAGAGUAUUCCAGUUGCACUUGUAAAUGAUGUGGAUAGUGAAAAGGGGCCUGCACAUUUCACAUACGUCUCGAGUUUGAGAUACACUCGGCCUUUCUCUGUAACUAAGCCCUCGUUCGGUUGUCACUGCAUAGGUGGAUGCCAGCCUGGCGACUCGAACUGCCCGUGUAUCCAGAGAAAUGACGGUGGUCUCAUCCCUUAUUCGUCUAUCGGAGUUCUUUUAACGAUCAAAUCGCCGAUAUACGAGUGUGGGCCCACGUGCGCGUGCCCUUUGAAUUGCCGUAAUCGAACUUCACAGACGGGGGUUAAGGUACGUUUGGAGGUGUUCAAGACGAAAAGCCGAGGUUGGGGGCUGAGAUCGUGGGACCCGAUUCGGGCGGGAGGUUUUAUCUGUGAGUAUGCAGGCGAUGUAAUCGAGGGAGGCGAUUUCGGAAAUGAAAAUGAUGAUGAUAAUAGUUAUGUAUUCGAUGCGACUCGUGAGUAUACACCUUUGGAGCCUGUUUAUGACUCGUCUAAGAAGACCUCAUAUCCGCUUGUUAUUAGUGCUAAGAAUAAUGGGAAUGUGGCUCGUUUUAUGAACCAUAGCUGCUCGCCGAAUGUGUUUUGGCAACCGGUUUUGCGUGAGGGUGAUAGUGAAGUCUGUUUGCACGUGGCUUUUUUUGCUGCACGUCAUAUUCCGCCUAUGCGGGAGCUGACAUAUGAUUAUGGGAAAGUUGCGAAUGGGAAUGGGGAAAAAGGGAAGAAGAAGUGCUUGUGUGGGACCGCGAAGUGCAAGGGUUACUUUUAUUGA